UUGGAAAGCUCCUAACCAAAAGAAAAGGUAAAGUUAAAAGAUGGGGGUGGGUUAGUUGUUAUUAAUAUAAAGGAAACGAAAGUGAAGGAGUAAAAUGCAAAACAUAUAUGAUUUGUAUAUAUAUCUUUCAAUUUGAGAAGAGGAUGCCUGUAGAUUACAACCAUUAAAUGUAUGUGGUAUUCACAUGUGGAUUCCAAUUCAAUUCCUGAACUGAUUCUCCACUAUUUGUGUCUCGUCCACAGGAGAAAGAAAAGUAAAGACAUAAUUAAAUGGCUGCAGCUAGCGACAAAAAUAAGGCAGCCAAAAAGUUUCAGAAAAGCUACUUUGAUGUAUUGGGUUUGUGCUGCUCAUCAGAGGUUCCUUUAAUUGAAAAGAUUCUCAAGUCUCUUGAUGGAGUCAAAGAUGUUUCAGUGAUCGUUCCAUCAAAGACGGUCAUUGUUAUACAUGAUAGUCUCCUCAUUUCUCAAAUUCAAAUCGUUAAGGCACUAAACAAAGCGAGGCUGGAAGCUAAUGUUAGACUAUAUGGAGAGGGAAGUUACAAGAAAAAAUGGCCAAGCCCUUACACAGUUGCUUGUGGUAUAUUACUUGUGCUAUCAUUUCUAAAGUACGUUUACCGACCAUUUCAAUGGCUGGCUCUUGGGGCAGUUGCUAUUGGUAUCUGUCCCAUUGCUAUGAGAGGUGCCGCUGCCAUACGUAAUCUCACUCUUGAUGUCAACAUUCUUGUUAUAAUUGCAGUUGUGGGGUCUAUUGCUCUACAUGAUUACUGGGAAGCCGGCUCAAUUGUCUUUUUAUUUACAAUUGCAGAAUGGCUCGAGUCAAGAGCAAGUCAUAAGGCCACUGCUAUCAUGUCAGCACUGGUGAACAUAGUCCCUCAAAGAGCUGUAUUGGCUGAAACUGGAGAAGAAAUUGAUGCCAAUGCAGUCCAAGUGAACACCAUUCUUGCUGUUAAGGCCGGUGACAUUAUACCCAUUGAUGGAAUUGUUGUAGAAGGGAAAUGUGAAGUAGAUGAAAAAACUUUGACCGGUGAAUCGUUUCCAGUUUCCAAACAAAAAGAUUCCACCGUUUGGGCUGGUACAGUCAAUGUAAAUGGUUAUAUUAGUGCAAGGACUACCACUCUGGCUGAAGAUUCUGUGGUGGCUAGAAUGGCAAAGCUUGUGGAAGAAUCUCAAAACAAGAAGUCUAAAACUCAAAGAAUCGUUGACAAAUGUGCCAAGUAUUACACCCCAGCCGUUGUGCUUAUAUCAACUUGUUUAGCAGUUAUUCCGACUGCAUUAAGAGUUAAAAAUGAGAACCAAUGGUAUCAUUUGGCCUUGGUUGUUUUGGUAAGUGCAUGUCCUUGUGCACUUGUCCUCUCAACACCAGUUGCCACUUUCUGUGCACUUUCGAUGGCAGCAACAUCUGGACUUCUAAUCAAAGGGGGAGAAUAUCUUGAAACUCUCGCAAAAAUUCAGAUCAUGGCUUUUGACAAAACUGGGACAAUAACUAGAGGAGAAUUCACAGUGACAGAUUUUCGAUCUCUUCUGGAUGAUGUUAGCGUUAACACAUUACUUUUCUGGGUUACAAGCAUUGAGAGUAAGUCUAGUCAUCCAAUGGCGGCUGCACUUGUUGAAUACGGGCAGUCACAUUCUGCUGAUCCAAAGCCUGACAAAGUGGAGGAAUUCGAAAAUUUUCCUGGAGAAGGUAUCUAUGGUAAAAUUGAUGGGAAAGACAUCUAUGUUGGAAACCGAAAAAUAGCUAUGAGGGCAGGGUGUGAAACAGUUCCAACCUUAGAUGAUGAUACCAAGGAAGGGAAGUCCAUUGGAUACAUAUUCAGAGGAGCAACUCCUGCAGGAAUUUUCAGCCUAUCUGAUGCUUGUCGAACUGGAGUCAAGGAGGCAAUCCAAGAGCUGAAGUCAAUUGGCAUCAAAACUGCUAUGCUUACAGGUGAUAGUCAUGCAGCAGCCAUGUAUGCACAACACCAGUUGGGGUGUGCUUUAGAUGUGGUCCAUGCUGAACUUCUACCUGAAGGCAAGGCAAGAAUCAUCAAAGACUUUCAAAAGGAAGCGCCGACUGCCAUGAUAGGUGAUGGCAUAAAUGAUGCUCCUGCAUUAGCUACAGCAGAUAUUGGUAUCUCAAUGGGCAUUUCAGGCUCAGCACUUGCAACUGAGACAGGGAACGUGGUUCUCAUCUCAAACGACAUCCGGAAGAUACCAAAAGCUGCUCGACUUGCUAGAAGAACACGUAGGAAAGUAAUUGAGAAUGUGGUUUUUUCAAUUACAACUAAGGUUGCCAUACUUGCAUUGGCAUUUUCUGGUCACCCGCUUGUUUGGGCUGCAGUUCUCGCUGACGUUGGAACAGCCUUGAUAGUAAUCUUCAACAGCAUGCUACUUUUACAAGGAACUCAUAAUCAUGGAACAAAAUGCUGCAAAUCUUCUGCAACAACACACAUCCAUAGACAUUGCAAAAGCACUGAUAAUAACCACCCAUCCCAUAGCCACAAGCAUUGUUGUUCUGAUACUGAAGCUCAAGCACAGAAGGGCACUCCAAGCUCAUGUGGGAACAACAAAUGCUCGGAUUCAUCAGUCACACAUGGUUGUUGUGCAAGUGGUGAUCUGUUGCAAGAGGCUAGGCCCUCAGAUCAUGAAAGAUGUGACAUGGACACUCAAGAUAAGGGGUUAGGCAGUGUACACAAUCAUGGAUGUUCGGGCCAUUUCAUGUCAAGGUCAUGCGGGGAAGAUAAUUGCACAAACUCAGUUGAACAUCACAGUGUUUGUGCACACGGUAAUGGGCUCCGUGAGGCAGAACACACUGACCAUCGGAACUGCGACACCUUGGUUCUUCAUGAUAUGGCUUCAAGGAGUGAGCAUAAUCAUUCGGGUGUAAAUUCUUUGGAACAAGGUGAGCGCUUAACAAGUAACGGUCAUUGCCACAAAAUCCAUUGUGUAGAUAACCAUGUACAUAACCACACUACCAAUGAAGAAUUAGGCAAUGUGGUUGAGACUAGUUGCAGACACUGCCAACCAAAUUCCGAGGGUCAUUCGGAGUGUAAGAAGCAUGGUACAGACUCUAGCACACCACUUCAUGGUACUAACCAUUGGGAAUGUACAGCAUCUAAGGCUUGUAUGAGUUUGGAGAAGAGACAAAUUGGUGGCUGUUGCAAGAGCUACAGGGAGGAAUGUUGUGGUAAGAGUGCACAUUUUGGAGGUAAUUUAGGAGGCUUAUCAGAAAUCAUAAUCGAGUAGAAGUACCCUAUAGCUUAAAAAUGUUUAGAAGUUAUAUAAAAUGCUUGUUUUCCUAUCAAUAAUCUAGGAAAUUUUGUUGAAAGGUCAAUUAUAGUUAAAAAAAAAAAAUCAACUUAAUGUACGAAUUUACAAGCUUUAAAAAAAUUUCUCUUUCAUUUCUUU